AUGUGUUAGUAGGGUGACAUUUUUUGCAGUUAAUUUAAUUAAUUUAUGAAUUAAUGUCUCAAUAAAUUAUUAGGGUCUCUUGAUCACAUAUACGAAGCCUUGUUUCAGAAAAUAAUUGAAAUAUUUGCUAGGCGAGGAAUCAUUAGACCAUUAAUUAGAAGACCAGCAGUCCCAGUCAUAGAACUAUAACCAAUUGAUCAUUCAUUAAAAUAACCAUUAGUCUUGCACUCUUGUACUUCAACACCUGUGUUUGCUUAAAGCUAGUCUAUAUAUCGUAGAGCAGAAUCAGAGAAGGAUUUUAGAAAAUGUGGGAUACCGAAGUAUAUAAUUGAAUUAAUCAAGUCUAGGUGACACAAUAUAUAAAGUGGAUUCCUAUUCUAGAGAUGUCAGUUUGUUAAAUUUGUUUGAGGAUAAACAGGAACAAUGUUAAAAUUUGAAUCUAUAGGAUAACCAUUAAAAAGGUCAUAAAUUGUAAACAAUAAUCGAGGAAAAUAAAAUUUAAUAAAAUAUCCAUGAGGGAUGGCAGACUCAAAAUUAAUCACAGCAGAUCAUAAAAUACUAGCAAUAGUAAUAAAAUUGCAGUCCUUAAAAUGAAAAAUAAUAGUAACCGAUUGUAAACCAUUAAGAUUAAGAUGAAAAUGAGUAGUUUUACUCGAUCAUUGAAAAUCCAGUCAAAAUUACAUAGUCAGAAUAAUAUUUCAGUAUUAUAGAUAGGAGUUCAUUUCGACACAGUUUUAAUAAUUAAUGUACUAGGAAAUGA